AUGUCUGAAUUCAUCGUGAACAAAAUCCUUGGCAAGUUGGGCAGCUUCUUAUUCGACCAGCUCCUACUCCUGUGGUAUCUCAAGCCUGUGAUCCUAAAACUCGAGACGACACCAUCAGCUCCAUCAAGGCACUGCUUCUCGGCGCAGAGGAGAAGCAGUCCCACAACAACCAAGUUAUAUACAAUCUUGAUGAUCUGCUUGACGAUAUCUCAACUGAGGGCCUGA